AAACUACAUUUACUUAUUUUAACAUGGCGGCCCUCAUCGUAUUGAAUUUAACAAAAACGUUGCGGGUUCUUUAAAAUUUCACUGUUUAAGAGUAUUACGUUUUUUUAAAGUCUGCCAUAUUAUCACACAUAAUCUUUCAGAUUACAUAGUCUGUGUGUAUCUUCGAGAUGUAUCGUCGUGGAGCUGCAAAAAAGGAUCACAACACGAAACCUGUGAAGAAGGACGUGAGUGACAGCGAUAAAUAUGCGGACCUCUUGGUUUUCGGCUAUGCCUGCAAAAUGUUCCGAGACGACGAAAAGGCUCUUUACCACGAACACGGAAAACAUCUUAUCCCAUGGAUGGGGGACAAGAGCAUCAUGAUUGAUAGAUAUGAUGGACGUGGUCACUUACAUGACCUUUCAGAGUAUGACAGCGGGUCAUGGAAUACAUCCUAUCAGCUGUCGGAGGAAGAGGCCAGGAUUGAGGCGCUGUGUGAUGAAGAGAGGUACCUGGCUCUGCACACCGACCUGCUGGAAGAGGAGGCUAGACAAGAGGAGGAGUACAAACGCCUAAGUGAAGCUCUGGCUGAUGAAGGCACUUACAAUGCAGUGGCCUUCAAAUACAGCGCUGACUACUAUGAUCCCUCACAACCCACAGAGGAAGAGGAUGCCAACAAGGAGCAGGAAGAGGCUGAGCCAGAGGAGAGUGAAGAACCAUUUGUUGCUCCCUCAGGACUUGCUAUCCCACCUGAUGUGGAACUGCCCGCAACCACCAAGACCCACAAUAUCAUUGAGAGGACAGCCAAAUUUGUGUGUCAGCAGGGGGCUCAGUUUGAGAUUGUGCUAAAAGCGAAGCAGGCCAGCAACUCCCAGUUCGACUUUCUCCGCUUUGACCAUUAUCUGAACCCGUAUUACAAACACAUUCUGCGGGCGAUGAAGGAAGGUCGAUACAACCUUGUCUCUGACAACAAGCAGGAGCAGGCAGAGUCAAAUUCAGAAGACUCUGAUGAUGAUGGAGAUGGCAACUACCUUCAUCCAAGUCUCUUCGCCCCUAAAAAGUGCUCUCGCCUGGAGGAGCUAACAAAGCCUUUAAAGGUUAUGGAUCCUGAUCAUCCUCUGGCAGCAAUUGUACUGAAAGCCCAACAAGAAAGAAAUGGCACGGCGGCAGCAGCAGUAACAAAUAUCGAGGAGCCCAAACCCACAACAGUAACCCAGUAUUCAGCUGACCCAAUUUACUACGGGUACUACAUGCUUCCAGAUGGCUCAUACUGCUUAGCCCCGCCUCAACCAGGUGUGGAUGCCGCCUCGUAUUAUAACAGUAUGACUUCAGCUGUCAUUUCGGCCCCACCUUCUUCUGAAGCUUUGCCCCACGUUGGGACAACUCCAACACCUGCUGAAAGUGUCACAGUGGUAGCUCCACCUGCAGCUGCCUCGUGUGUUCCCAGUUCUACUGCUGCCGCUGCUGCUUCUGUGAAAGUACCAGAAGUAAGCUCAAAGGUAGAAGCUCCAGUCUCCACACCAGCAGCACCGGCCAUCAUUCCCCCACCGCCUGACAUCCAGCCAGUCAUAGACAAGUUGGCUGAGUAUGUUGUGAGGAAUGGUCUAAAGUUUGAGGCCAGCGUUCGUGCCAAGAAUGAUCCGCGGUUUGAAUUUCUGCAGUCUUGGCAUCAGUACAACACAUAUUACGAGUUUAAGAAGAAUUACUUCAUGCUUAAGGAAGGGAAAGUAUUGCUGCAGGAUGGGACAGAUGAUUGCAAUGCACUUCAAACAGACCAGUCAGACAAGGACUACAAGCUAACAAAAGCCUCUUUUGCCCCCAUCUCUUUUGCCAUCAAGCCAAAAGAAAAUGACAUGUUGCCUCUGGAGAAGAACAGAGUGCGACUAGAUGAUGAUUCUGAUGAAGACAAGCUGUUGAACGAUGAAAGGCUGGAAGCUGUGAUGGGUGAAGCUUUAAUGAUGGAAAAGGACCCACCCCUGGCCAGUGUUCCUGAAGAGAAGAAACCCAGCCUCAGUUUGGAAGAGUUGGAAGCAAAGCAAGCCAAGCUGAAACUGGAAGAUCGUCUGGCAGCUGCAGCCAGAGAGAAGCUGGCCCAGGCAGCCAAGGAGUCCAAGGAGAAACAGCUACAGGCAGAGAGGAAGAGGAAGGCUGCGCUUUUUCUGCAGACCCUCCGCAGCCCGGUCGCUGGGGAGCCCGAGGCCAAGAGAGCCGAGCUGGAAUCGUGUGCUCAGUUUGAGCUGGAAGAAGCCUUCUCUGCUCUGUCUGAUCUUGCACCUCCUCAAGGGUAUCAUCCAUCUGCUGUGUAUCCUCAGGAUCAAAGGCUCUUGGUGGAGAGCCGCGAAGCAAACCGCACAAGGGAAACCCCAACCCGCUCAUCUUCCUCAGUCUCCUACGUUGCGUCCAAAGGCUCAGACAGAGACAGGAGGAGGGACCGAGAAAGAGAGAGAGAGAGAAACAGAGAAAGAGACAGAGACAGAGAAAGAGACAGAGACAGGGACAGAUUGAGAGACAGAGACACAGAUGACAAAGUGCGGGAGAAAGACAAAAAGAAGAAAAAACACAGAAGGAGGUCGAGGUCACGAUCGAGGUCGAGAUCGAAGAGCGGACACACCCUGCCCAGUGCCUACAAAAGAACCCGGAGGUCCCGAUCGCGUUCACACUCCCCAGGGAGAAGAGACAGGAGGGGCCACUCUUCAGAAAAGAGACUGGAGGAGAGAGAUCGUUACCAUCGCAGCAGUAGCUCCAGCAUGCCCAAGGGUCAUUCCAGAUCCAGGUCCCCUACUGAACAUAAAAGAAACUUAUUAAAAGGGCAAAUUCAAGCUGCAGGUUCUUCCGUCUCACCAUAUUCCUCACCCAGACUUAUGUCCCCAUCACCUAGUCCUGCAUCCAGCCUGGGCCACUCAAGGGGUGGUUCUCAAGAGAAAGACAAUGCGGUGUCUUCUUCCAUAGUGUCCUCUGUGCAGUCCAAAAUAACUCAGGAUCUGAUGGCCAAAGUGCGAGCCAUGCUUGCCUCCUCCAAAACCUUCCAGCCUCCCACGUCCUAAACAAGGUGUCGCCUGCUUGACAAACUCUGACACUCAUGAGCGCCAUCUUCCAAUUUCCUCGAGAUUCAUUCGGCCUGCAUUUUAUGUCUGUCAGCGCCGUCUUUAUCUGUGAUUUAUACUUUCAUUUCAAUACCAGCAUCAGCAGGCUCAGUUUCACCACAGCAUGUCUUCUGCUGUGGWUAACAGCCAAAGUAAGCUGGAGCUGAAGAGCGUCUGGUUUCACACCCGACUAGAGAAAACUGGUUAUUUGCGGGGGAGAUUUAAUCGCAGUUGAAAUGUUUUUUUUUUUUUUUUUGCGCUGCAAGAAUCGUGAAAAUAAUCCACCUGUUUUAUUUGUUGCAUCCUGUUUUUCAUGACAAGCUCAUAAACGAUGACAGUCAUUUUUCUGUGCAGCUUUUUACGUGGAGCUGCAGUAUUUACCUCCUUCUAUGAAGGUUUGUUUGGAUCAUUUUCUCCCUUCUUUUUUCUUCUGCUCUCUGCUGGUUCCCCCACUGCCUUUCUCUCCAUCAUUUCACCCUUCAACUGGGAAAAAAGGCUUUAAUUUUUUAUUCUACCCCUCAGCUUUAGUGCGUGGCCUUCUUUUUUUUCUGUUUCAAGUUUGUACUGUAAGAAAUUGAAUGCAGAACAACUUUGUAAACUUAAACAGUCAAUAAAGUUUCAAUCGUGAUUUAA